AUGUCACACCCCCAAUUAUUAAACACUUAUUUAAAUAUAAUUUAUUUGUUAUAUUUUCAGCCCAAGUCCAAGAUCUCAUCCUCCCGCAAGGUGUCACUGAAGAUCCUCCUAUUGUCACGUGCAUUGGAGGAGCUGGAGGCAGAGAAACAAGCCAGAGAGGAGGAGAAGGUUCGCUACCUGGGGGAGCAGCUCCCGCCCCUGCAGGUGUCUGGCCUGUCCUUGGAGGAGCUGCAGAAACUGUGUAAGCAGCUCCAUACCAGGAUUGACCAAGUGGAUGAGGAGCGCUACGACUGUGAGGCCAAAGUCUACAAGAACGGCAAAGACAUCCACGAGUUGAAGCUGAAGGUGAUGGACAUGGGGGGUAAGUUUAAGAAGCCAGCUCUGAGGAAGGUCAGAGUAUCAGCAGAAGAGAUGAUGAGAGCACUGCUGGGCACCAAACACAAAGAACACAUGGACCUCCGAUCCAACCUCAAGUCUGUCAAGAAAGAGGACAUCAAACAGGAGAAGGAGGGCAACCUGGAAGUGGGAGACUGGAGGAAGAACGUGGAGGCCAUGUCUGGCAUGGAGGGCAGGAAGAAGAUGUUCGAUGCUGGCGGGGGCCAAUAA